UGUGCGGGGCGGUCGCGUCGGGCGGGAUGAAGGAUCGCCGGAGUUCGGCGCCUAUGUGGUUCGACUGCACCUUGUCGCUUCCCGACGUUGUCUUUCUGAGCCACUUAAUGCCCUUUCAGAGCCACUUAAUUCUGAUGAGUGGGGCUGCGUUCCCAUCACCAGCUGCUGAGAUGGCAGAAAUCAAUCGCCUUCAGUAUGAGAUGGAGUACACCGAAGGGAUCAGUCAGCGCAUGAGGGUCCCAGAGAAACUCAAAGUGGCUCCUCAGAAUGCUGACCUUGAGAAGAGCAUCCCAGAAGGAUUUCCAAAUGCCAGUGUAACUAUGCAGGUUCCAGAGCGGAUUGUAGUGGCAGGUAAUAGUGAAGACAUUCCACUUUCCAGGCCUCCAGACCUCGACCUUCUUCAGUCUACUCCAUUCAAACCACUGGCAUUGAAAACUCCUCCCCGUGUUAUUUCUCUUAGUGAUCGACCACUAGAUUUUUUGGACUUAGAAAAACCUCCACAACAGACCCCUCAAAAUGAAGAGGUUCGUUCAGUGGGAAGACUGAAGAGAGAACGUUCCAUGAGUGAAAAUGCUACUCGACAGAAUGGCCAGUUGGCCAGAAAUGAUUCCAUGUGGCACAGAUCAGAUACUGUCCCAAGAAAUAAAAUGCCACGGUUCCAGUCACCUCUUUCGACUAAGGAUUGCACUGUGACACCAUCAGUGCAACAGGCUCGUGUCUGUCCUCCCAAUAUGUUGCCUGAAGACGGAACUAAUCUUUACUCUGCUCGUGGCAUUUUAUCGUUUAUCCAGUCUUCCACACGUAGGGCUUACCAGCAGGUCUUGGAUGUGCUGGAUGAAAAUCGCAGCUUGGACAAGGACAAUAGGCCAGUGUUACGUGGUGGGUCAGCUGCUACCACUUCCUCUAACCCUCAUCAUGACAACACCAGGUACGGUCUUUCCAACAUGGAUACCACACUUGAAGGAACACCGGACGACAUGACUGUUGUAGAUGCUGCUUCCUUAAGAAGGCAGAUAAUCAAACUUAAUCGGCGUCUCCAGCUUCUGGAAGAAGAAAACAAAGAGCGUGCUAAAAGGGAGAUGAUCAUGUAUUCGAUUACUGUAGCUUUCUGGCUACUCAACAGCUGGCUUUGGUUUCGGCGCUAGACACAGCUCGGAAAGAUUUAGUCCAUCAAAAUACCAACAGAAUUUGCAAAACUCUGUUUCUGAAUUGUAUGCUGUUUUAUAAUUCAUACACUGGAAACUUCCACCACAGAAAAAAAAAGCCUAUAGAAUUGCAGUGUUAAAGGGACACCUUGUUGUUCAGUUAUGCUGUAUUUAAUAGAUUUGCAUUGUGAAUACUUGCAGUAUCCUCCUUUGCAUGCUUCAAUGUAAAUAUGGAUCAGCUGGUUGAAAUGAAGCUUGCUUUGUGCAAUGUAAGGAGAGUGUCUGACAGGAAUAAUCACUGGAUUUUUUUGUUGUGGUUGGGAGAGAACAAAUCAAAUUGGGUUUGGGGAAAAAAUAUCAACACAAAGUAAUGAAAUCUAGGUUUUAUUGAUCUGUUGUUAGAUGCAAGUGAACAUCAUUGCACUAGUUCUCCUUCAGUCUAACUUGUAUCAGAGGUGUGCCAUAUUCAAAGAAUGUGUCCUGUUUCAUGAGUAUGUUCUAGUUUAAGGCUGUGUUCAGGUCAGAUAAUAAAAGGUCUUUGCUAACAUGCA